GGAUCAAACGGUCCCGGUGCCUCCAUUUCGCACCCAUUUAUUUUUAUUUUUGAGAAAAUGAGCGGGCUUACUACCUCGUUGAAUGCAGAACUUUUACAGCUUUCGAAUGAAGCCCGGCGUAAACAUCCUGAAAUCAAAGAGUCUUCGGUGAAAACAAUUCUCAAGACACUUAACGACAUUAUGUCACAAGGAGUUGAUAUACAACUUAAGAUAUUGCAAACAGUACCACCGUUACUAAGAAAUUACCAAGCAUUACACGGCGAUCUUCUGGCGGAGCCCGAUAAUCCAUUAUGGCAACGAGUCAUCGCAAUGGAAAUAUUUCGCGGUAUUUGUGUGGAUGGCAAAUUACUUCGUUCCAUUUAUAAUUGGUACGAUAAACAGGGAUCUUCUACGCACGUAUUUCGAGAUAUGAUAAAUGUCUUCGGAAAAUUGGCAGCUGAAAAGCCUCAAGUAUUAGGUGUCAGUAGUCACUCGUUGAUCGGACAUUCACAUCAAGGUAGAGAGAGUAUAGAGGUUCCUGGCAUGACUGGUGUUGGGAUGGGAGGUUCCGGACAAGUUGAGGCGGGUUUGAACAUUGCAAAUUCGACAAUGAAAGUCCAAUGUGUUGACCAAUUGGAUAAAGUGGAUCCACCACCGAUCCCUGAAACAUACCUUUAUUAUCUCGCGCUACUAUGUCUUAAUUCUAUAGCAGACGGCCUGCAUAAUUUCGUUCUCACGAUUUUCACCGACGUCAUGCAGAAGCAUUCGUCAGAAAAAAACGCGUUAGAACGUCAAACUCUUACUUCAACAUUUUCGACAAAUUCUUCGUCUCCUUCAUCAUCUCCACAGAUGCAAACGACACAACAGCCCACAGUUUUCGGUGUCUCUGCGCUAAAAAAACUUGAAUCUCACUCAUUCUAUAAGGAGAUUUUACUGGUCACCGAAAUGGCAAAUACUGCAUGGCCAGGAUUGCUCGCCGCUCAAUCAUUUUUCCUCACAACCAAUCUUGAUGAUGAAUUAUUUUCAGGAGUCUUGCGUGCUUACCAAAACUUUACGAUUGUGUGUGGUGUGCUUCAAUUGUCAACACCUCGUGAUGCUUUUUUGACAAGCUUGUGUAAAGGAGCUGUUCCCCCUAGUGUCGUCGCUGCGUUCUUUUCAGAAAACAAGGCAACUCAUGGUGCUGGCGGUUCCAGUGGCUCCUCAAAUGACGGAUCAUUAUCGGUCACCUUAUCAGAUAGAAACCUGUCAUGUCUAAAAAUUUUGCUAAACAUUGCACAAUACCUCGGCGGAGUACUAGGUGAAUCUUGGUAUUUGGUGUUGGAAACGUUACAAUUAGCGGACUACAUUCUCUUUCCAAAACAUGGGAGGAGUGGAACGAGGAGUCGCAGACUUGGAUCUCAAAAUGCAGCAUCAACAUCUGUCACUUCUUUAUCUUCGCCUCAUACCGCUGGAAGCAGUAAUUCAUCCCUUCUUCAAUCCUCAAACACUCCUCCGGGUGCUAAGAGAUCAUAUUCGUCGGGAGUUUCGUCUUAUUCCCCACAACAAACCUCCAUCGGAUCAUCCACACAAGCUGGUUCAUCAGCGACUCAUUUAGUCCCUCAACAAACAGCCAUCGAAAAUGAUCUAAACAUCUUAUUGAAUCAGAUAAAAAAGCUAUUUGAUAAUUGCAAAUAUCUCGACGACAAUGCUUUGCAAUUCUUCACCCGGUCCCUAUGCAAAUUAAAUGCCUAUACAUGGGGAUUGCCGUUGGACGGGGAACUUUCCGUUACAGCCCAGGAAUCGGUAGCGGCGGAGAGUAAGACGCCAAGAUAUACACCGUUGAACACCCUAAGAGGGAAUAAAUCUGACGAAAAAUCUUUUGCCAUUGAGAAAUUACGUUCUGUUUCUUUAUUGGAUGGUCGUCGUUUGAUUGCACGGGAACCAUCACUAAUCUGGAAUUUAAUUGUUUCACACUUGAUAACGACUGCAAAUUAUAUAUCUACCCCACACGCGAUUCGUAUGCAAGCCUGUGAAGCAUUGGCCGAGAUUAUUAUCACAUCCAUGAGUUACGCAAGUUCGGCGCAGAUGGAGAAUGAUGAGCGGAUUCAAAUGCAACUUCUGGUUGCGUUGAAUCAAUUGGUAAACAAUUCGGACAGGACGUCACAAAAUUCAAAUAAAGGGUUUUACAUCGACGUUCAGAAAAUGGGACUUGAGACUUUGAAUAAAUUGUUGCAAACGUCUGGCCACUCUUUUGUAUACGGGUGGGGAAUGAUUUUUGAUAUGAUCAAAAGUGUGUGUUCAAUAAAUAAUUUGGAGAAUGAAGAGGAGGGCGAUGUCACGACUAUUGAGAGCCAAAUUAUAAUUGACGCAUCGUCAUUCGGCGUAUCCAAUACCAAAACUUCGGGUCUAGUGCGCGUGGCGUUUCCUUCGUUACAGCUCAUUUGCACAGAUUUCUUGUCAUUAUUAUCUCCUGAAUGCCUGAAACAAUGCAUCAAUACGUUAGGUGCAUUUGGACUGCAAAUGGAUGAUCUUAAUAUAAGCUUGACGGCAAUUGGAUUGUUGUGGAAUGUGUCAGAUUUCAUACAGAUCAAGCGAGCGGAACUGGAGAAGAACUCUGGGAUGAAAUAUGAAAGAUCUGAGGUUGUGAAAGAUGUGAAGAUCGAACAAGAGAUUGAAACUAUUGUUCAAGGCGAACUAACACCGCAUACUAUGAAUGCCCUUUGGAUGCUGUUGCUAUUGCAGCUCUCAAAGAUCUGCUCUGACACACGACCGGAAGUACGUAAUGGCGCAAAUCAAACCUUGUUUCGCACGGUUGACAUGAAUGGUGCUGUCUUAGAAACGCAAACUUGGCACACAUGCAUCUGGCAAGUUUUAUUUCCACUAUUAGAUUCCAUUCAGUUGGCUUCCGAGAAAGCAGUGAGAGCGAUGCACCAACAGCAACAAGCCAUGGGUUCUGAGAAGCACACGCCACAGAAAGAAUUAAACGGUUUUAUGAUUCACCAUUCGCGAAACACAAUUGAAAAACAAUGGGAUGAAACAAAGGUGCUGGUGUUAACGGGAAUAUCAGGGAUAGUUAGAAACUUUUUACCGAUAUUAUUAGCUUUCCAAGAUUUUCGGGAAGCAUGGGAAUUGCUGUUGUCACAUUUGCACAAGUCAUGUUUGUAUUCAAAUCAGGAAGUUGCAAUUGCGUCUAUCAAAUCCUUGAACACAAUAAUUCAGUUUCACGAGGACGAAACCAAUACUGAUGAAUUGAGAAAAAAGGUUUUACCAUUUUGGCAAACUGCAUGGAUUGUUUGGGAGAAGAUAGGUUUGGGAAUUAUCGCGUCGGCUGACCAAAAAAAAAAUGAGGCAAAUAACGUUUCCACCUCACCACCUACGGACAAUACGGUAUCAGCCUCAUCAAAUUUCAUUCAGGAGACUGUCACUGCCUAUAUCAUUUCAUUUGGUGACCUUUAUAAAGUCAUACGCUCCACUUUUUCGAUCGAAGAGAUAAGAAGACUGUUGAAAGUCGUCCAGGGAAUAUUGACCUAUCCUAAUAGUCCUUC